GCGGGAUUCUUUUCCUCGAGAGUUGGUAAAUUUUAUGAGUAAUAAGAAAACGUUAACUACCAGAUAGACAAGUAUGUGGAACGACACAAAUCAGUUUGGUGGUGGAUAUCAGUCAAUGGAUACUGGUUUUGGAGGUGGAGGUUACAUGCAAGAUGCUGGGGGAUUUGGUUCCCCAAUGACAGACUCCCAGGAAAAGAAGCGCUCCCCAAUGAGAGCUCAGUCCAUCCUUCCAUGCUCCAUCAAGCAGCUUCACAGUGCAACAUAUAACCAAACAGAAGAUGCCUUCAAACUAGGGAAUAUUGAGUUGAACCAGGUAUUCACAGAAUGAUUACAUCAUGCCAACACGAGGAAGGCAUGUCUGUAGCUGAAAUUAAACAAAAAGUUAGAACAUCAGAACAACAAAUCAGGAGUACUUUAGAGUGGCUCAGCAAUGAAGGCCACAUCUAUUCCACCAUAGAUGAUGACCAUUUCAGAUCUACGGACAGCUAUUGAGAAGAUUUAGGUCCACUUCCACUUUUCACUUGCUGCAGUAACACAUGCAACCAUAAGAUCAUGACAGACUACAGUUGUUUAGCCCAAAUAGCUGAGAUACAAAAACACUAUGCUAUCAUACUGAAGUAGCAAGAAGACCUCCUCACUUUGCUAUGCAAGUCUGUUACCCAUCUUAUUCCAUACCUGACAUAUUGAAAAGAACACAUGAUUCUUAGUAGACACUUAGUUCUGUUUUGUUUAUUUGGUCUUUGUGUUUGUUUGUUUGUUCAUGUAUUUUCAGCAUUAUCUUGUUCUCAUGUUGGUCUACAUUUGAUAUCACUUAAGUGUUAGUAUAUUUAGUGUUUAGUGGGUUGUCCUCAAUAGUUAAAUGAAUUUUAUUACCUGCUGAAAAUUUAACAGUGAUAAUCAUGCAUGAAAGAUAUAAAUUCUGUUUUGUUAUAGUUAUUUGUAAAAAUGAGCCCUGGUUAUGUGGGUACCCUUUGAUAGUACCAAUGCAAAUGCAGAUAAGCAAACAACUAUCCUAACAAUGAACGAAACAAACCUAACCUUAUUUUCAACAGGUUAUUUGCAGUCUCUUUUAACUGCGAUUUUUAGUCCUUGCAACUGCAGUCUCGAUUGGGUCACUGAGUUGCACUUUCAGCGUUUUUUGUUAUUCAUUUGUAAUAAUCAUGCAGGUCAGGAUAGGUUGAGCUAAAUGAGUACAGAAAGCAAAAUAUUUUUCCUACUGAGCUGUUUGCCUAACCUUUUGUACAACACAAUUAAACGCAACGUAACGUGGAGAAGUA